ACUUGCUUUUGACAUAUCUUCUUGUAGUAUUGUGUCUCGUCCCAUUUUAGAUGUCUUGGUUAAUAGUCAUCUUCGGAGUCGAUGGUUUCCUUUGGAGGAUCCUCCUCGAGGCUUGGCGGAUCUUUGCUACUCUUUUGUUCAAGGUAUAUUAAUUUGCUUAAGUUCUUUUUAAUGUUUCUUUUGUAGGAUGUCUUCUUCUUCUGACGAUUUCCUUUCCGGAUUUCAAGUAGAUUUGGACGUUCCGAUGGGUGGUCCUGACGUUCCUGUCGCCAACGUUAUUCCUGGCGACAUUGUCGUGGAUGGAGCUCCUGUUGAUAUCCCCCUAGCUUCCGCCGAGGUAGCGUUGCCUGAGGUUAUUGUUAUAAAUGAUGAUGAUGGUGAUGACUCGGCUGUUCCAGUCGGCGACGAGGCGAUUCCGUCACUACUUCCCCCUCUAGCAUCAUCUAUCGUUUCGGGGGGAGUUGGGGGUGUGGCCUCAGAGGGGCCUGUUGUUGCUGAUUCGGGAGAGAUUUCUCUAGGUCGAGACCCGGAUUCUCCGUCUAGAAAAAGACGUCGAGUUGUCGAUGAUUCUCCAACGAGGGAGAGUUUUCCUGGAAGCUCUUCUUCUGCUCCAGACUUGGUUCAAUGGGUCGAAGGUCAGGAUCCUGCCAGUUUGCUGAAUCCGAGAGUGCUAGCGGAAUAUAUCCGGACUUUGGCGAUUCCUGAUGAUGUCACGUGGUUCUGUGGUAGGCCGGGUCAGGAGCUUUCCGAUCUGGCUUGUUUUCAUGGUUUCUCUGCCCUUCAAUCUGUUCUGGUAUUGAACGACCGCCGACAGUGUGCCGAGGAGGAGGUCGAGCGUCUGUCUGCUCUUUUGGCGACUUCCGAGUCUGAAAGGGCGAAAUUGAAGGCCUCUUUGGAAGAGCAUGAUUCCCUUCUGGCGCAGCUCAAGGCGCAGGAUGCGAUUAAUGAUCGCCAAGUGAAAGUGAUUGAGAAAAAGACCGAUGACUUGACUCAAGAGAUUGAGGAGCUCAUUCGGAUCAAUUCCCUUGUUGGUGGGGAGAUGGAUAGUCUUAGAUCGGAGGUUGAAGAAAAAAUAAGAAGCACGGAGAUAGAAGAACAGCAGCGACACUACGACGAUGAAAAUGGCAGCGGAGAAAAAGAAUUAGAGGAUGGAAGAAAAUCAAGUGCCAUAGAAAGAGAAAUCUCAUUGUUAAGAAAGGAAGAAGAAAAGAGAAGAGUGAAAAUUAAAUGA